UACAGCCUGCUGCCACCACCUAGGGCUUGAGGGGGAGGAACAGCAAAGGAGCCCUGAGAAGGCUGUCCUUUCCCUGGACUGGUGCCUGACUCCUAAAAUGUCUUUCCUCCAGGACCCAGGCUUCUUCGCCAUGGGGGUGUGGUCCAUUGGUGCAGGAGCUCUCGGGGCUGCUGCAGUGGCGCUGCUCCUGGCCAACACAGACAUGUUUCUGUCCAAGUCCCAAGAAGCCACUCUGGAGUACCUGGAGGACAUAGACCUGAAAACACUAGAGAAGGAACCAAGGACUUUCAAAGCAAAGGAGCUAUGGGAAAAAAACGGAGCUGUGAUUAUGGCUGUGCGGAGGCCAGGCUGUUUCCUGUGCCGUGAGGAGGCUGCAGACCUCUCCUCCCUGAAACACCAGCUGGAUGAACUGGGUGUGCCCCUCUAUGCUGUGGUGAAGGAGCAGGUCGGGACUGAAGUGAAGGACUUCCAACCUUAUUUCAAAGGAGACAUCUUCCUGGAUGCACAGAAAAAGUUCUAUGGCCCACAGAGACGGAAGCUGUUGUUCAUGGGAUUUAUUCGUCUGGGUGUGUGGUGCAACUUCUUCCGGGCCUGGAGUGGAGGCUUCUCUGGAAACCUGAAGGGCGAAGGUGUCAUCCUCGGGGGAGUUUUUGUGGUGGGAUCAGGAAAGCAGGGCAUUCUUCUUGAGCACCGAGAAAAAGAAUUUGGAGACAAAGUAAACCCACUGUCUGUUCUGGAAGCUGCCAAGAAGAUCAAAUCCAGGAGUCCAGCCUCAGAGAACAAAUGAUCACAUGAAGGGGGCCUGCUCGAGGGUACCCAGGGACACUCACUGUGUUCCUGGGGGGUUAGAGGCCACUUGCACCACAUGCGCACUGUGGAUUAUUAAUGUAUUGUAGUAUUGUUUCCAGUUUAGGCCCACUAAGGCAAUAUAGGCCCCAAGACAAGAUUGACAAAAAUCUAAGAAACUAGUGAAGAAAAGACCUGGAAAUUAGGAGGCUUAAAGUAACAGCUGCUUCUCACUACAAAUGUGUUUUAGCACUGUUACUUGAAAUUCUUACUUUUGUAUCUUCAAAUAUUAAGAAAAGUUGGGGCUAGGGGUGCAGCUCAGUGGUAGAGCACUCGCCUAGUAUGUGUGAGCCCCUGGCUUCGACCUUUAGCACCACAGAUAAAAAAAUAGAAAAUUUUAAUCUAAGAAAAGAUGAUAAUGACUAAAUUAAAGAUUAGCUAAUGCUAGGGUUUUGGCUUGAGAAUUUUCUCUUAAUGACUCAUGUAAUGUCAAAGUAAUACUCGUACUAAGGAGUUGAUGUGUUAUCAGUUGGUUUGAUAUAGGUAAAUUAUAAAAUCUCUUGUGUCAUUGUCUUCCGGUCUAGCUUCCACGAUUUAUGUUUCUAGGAGAAAUAAUCAUUGUAACUUUAAUAAAAUUGUGCAUCAGAUA